AUUGUGUGGUGCACACGCAUUAGGAUGAACCGAGUUCUGACUUUUGUUAUAUUCUACAAUUUCAAGGAGAUGCAUGCUCGGUAUCGAUUCCCUGUGACCAAUGUGGAUUACUGUCCAACAACAAUCGAUUCCCGGAACUCUGCUGCAGACAGACUGAAGUGCCCUUUAGAUCAAAAUAAAAAUCCUUCCUAUUUCUGUGUUCCAAAUCAAGAGAAAACGACUCUUCUGGAAUUCUGUUAUGACGAAUUUCUAGGUCUCGUACAGAAUGGAUUUUGUUUACACCUAUCAACGUCGGGAUACCUGAAUCAAGAGGAAUGCCAUUUCUUUAUAGAUGGCUGCCCUACUUCGUAUUAUUUAAGCAACAAUAUAUAUCAAUAUCCAAGAUGUCAACAGAUAGACAAGGACAAUAAUUGUUUUCUUGCUGAUCCAGCGUGCAUAUCGAGCUUUUCCACUAGGACUCCUACGUCCGCAUUUGAGUCUUAUACACCAAAUACAACGAUUGUGCCAAACAUCCUUCUUAACAGUUCUUCUUCCACCACUAAUCCUCCAACAUCAGAAGGUGAAUAUGGUAUACCGAUCGGACUAGUUGUGGGGAUUCUGUGUUUCCUUGCUGUCAUAGCACUUGUGUUAUUAGUGUUCUUCGUGUUUUACAAAAAAUGGUGGCAAAAGCGAAAAAGGGAAUUUGAACCAAGCAUUGAAGAAAUGGGACUUAUGUCACAUGACAAAGAGAAUAAGAGAAGACAUUCCCAGGAUGGAAAGACACACUGGCCUCAUCACCAAUUCACUCAUCCUGAUAUUGAAGUGCAAGAGGAGGGCAAAAAUUUACAUAUUCGAGUGACGACACAUCUUCCCCCAGAUGACGAUAUUAUACGAUGGCAAAAAGAUGGUGUGGAUAUAGAUUGUUUGCGCGACUCUGAAAAAUACUUAUCCAUUUGUCAUGGAAAGGAUGUAGAAGAUAGACAUAUUUAUCUGUAUGUUUACAACACAACAAAAGAAGAUUCGGGGCUGUAUACCGCUAUAUGGAAAGAAGAUGAAGAAGAACACAAACGAGAUAUUGUAUUCACAAAAGACGAAAGAAGUGCAGCACACAGAAAACAUAGAGAUAACAGAAAGGUUUAUGAAGUUUUAGUGCGCCAGUAUGGAAAUGAUUUGAGAAUACGUGUGACCACAACUUAUACACCAGUUGAUGUUAAAUGGUACAAAGACGAUAAGGAAAUAAAUGUCUCCAAUAAUGCAAACAAAUACAUGUGCCAGUCAGAGGUUGAUAGGGAUAAACACUAUUUAUUUCUCUAUAUUUUCCAAUUGACACUUGAGGAUUCUGGUUCAUAUCAUGCUUCCUGGGAGGAAGAAAAAACCGGAAAUACUAUUGAGAUCCAUAAAACAAAAAUUCACUUUGAAGCAGUAAAAUUAAUUGGACCAAAUAUGAAAGUUGAAAAAGACAAGACACAAUCAGAGAAAGUUCACAAAAUGGACAAUAUCAUCUUCCCUAUCUUUCCUGUUAACAGAACUUACAAUUUGGUCAUUAUAGAAAAAGAGGAAUCUGCAGAAGUCUUCACUAAUGUUAAUUUAGAAAUUUUUGGACAAUUUGAAGAUGACGAUGUUCGUCGCCUUCUGCAUUUUGGAAUCCUUUUGAGCAAUAGAGGGAAGAUUUCCUGGAAUAACGUAGCACACAUCAGUCUUUUGGAUGACAUAAGAAAGCUAAUGAAACACAAACACUUAAUAUCAGUGGACGAAUAUAAAACAAUAGCUUCGGACUUAUCUGGUAGAAGUCUAAAUGUUGAUGAAGAAGGAGUUUCUUUUCUGAAUAUGGAUGUUGAAUUACAAACUGUGUGGGCUCUAAUGCAAAACCACAAUACAUUUGAGACAAUAAUGUGGUUGUUUAAGACACAGAGAGGAGAUGUUGUUCAAAACUAUUUCAGAACGCCAGAUUAUGAAAGACAGAAAGAUGAAACAUGUGUUGUUUUGUGUGACAUGUUAUGUGAAAACUUCAGAGUAUUUCUCAUUGAGAAAUACAUAAGGGAAUCAGAUGCACAAACAUUGUCCGAAAAAGAGAAAUAUGACCUUCUGCAGAUGAAGAAAGAAGGCUACAAAUUCAACCAAAGGCAAAGCACGCUCUUGCAAUGUGCUGUUUAUUAUUCCUUCAUGGCGGGAGAGAACACGCCUAAAUGUUUAGCGAAAUACUUUAGAUCUAACGGAUAUGAAUCUAAGGAAAAUGAGAUGUGCAUUUGCCUCCCUUUGGAAUACAAUGAGGAACUGAUACAAAAACUGGAUAUAGAUAUCCUGACCCACAGCACAUUUAGUGAUACACUAAUCCAUAAAGAUAUUUGCAAGUAUUUGCAUAUCCCUGAAGAAGUACUGAAAUGGACAGAAGAAGGAAGGCAGAGAUAUGUUGUAAACUUCAAAGCAGGAAACAUAAAAAUGCACCGCGCUAGAGGUAUGAUUGUAGGAUGUGCCGGGUCAGGAAAGACAACUCUGUUGAAUCAUCUACAGCGUCGAAAUAGAAAGGACAAUCUCAAAUGUACACCAACAACGAUAGGGCUUGAAGUUCAUGACAAUAUUUUUUUGGUUGAGGAUAACACACUUCAGGAUUAUAUUCCCGACAAUGUUAGUCAACGUCAGAAAGAAACUGAUGGGUAUCAAGUGAAUUUGCACGAGGGCAAAAAACUCCUGAGUAUGACCGACUUUGCUGGACAAGUUGCCUACUACGCCUGUCAUCAGAUCUAUCUCUCCAGAAGAGCUUUCUACCUACUUGUUGUAGACAUGUCCAAGGACUUGGAAGAAAAACCCUACUUAAAAGAACGUCAUAAUCCCCUUGGAUCUUUGUUCGAAAACUGGACGUAUGAAGCAUACUUUGUGUUUUGGCUUCAAUCGAUAAGAACUUACUGUGAUGACGAAGAACUGAAGAAAAAAUAUGGAGACAAAGCUGGGGUCAAUCCUGUCAUUCUUAUAGCCUCUCAUCACGACCUUGUAAAGUCCAUGAAAGAGAAAAAAUCUAUGUCUAGCUCACAAAAUGUUUGGUUUUACGAUAAGCUAGAACACUGUUUGCCAAAAGAACAAACAUUGAAAGACCAUUUAUCCCCUAAACGUUACUUUGAAACUGAAUGUCCCAAAGGUAAGCUAAGAAGACAUCAAGCGGAAACCAUAGAAGAAGUAAGAAAAUGCAUUGCGGAGACUGCUACAAGCCUACCGCAGUGGGGUGAAAAAAUUCCAGUUAAAUGGUCAAUCUUCGAGCAAUUUGUAUGGGCAAACAAGGACAAACGAAUUUUGGAAAGAAAGGAUUUAGUAGAGUUGAGCGAAUUCCAAUCCUUGAGUGACCAUGACAUCAACGAUAUGCUCCGAUUUUAUCAUGAAAUCGGCCAAAUAAUAUACUUUUUAGAUGAGGACCUAAGAGAUACUAUCAUAUUGGACGUGCAGUGGUUUGUUGAUGCUUUUAAAAAUAUCAUAACAGACCCUACACAUGCGCGCCCUUUCUGCAAAAAAGUUAAAGAAUGGGAGAUGUUCAUGAAAACUGGACGAAUAUCAGAUUCGACACUUUGCGAGGUAUGGCGAAAAAAUAAAAACGAGUCAUACAUUACUCAUAAGGACAAAAUCAUGCCAUAUAUGGAAAAACUUGGAAUUCUUGCAAAAGUUUGGACGCCAGAAUUGGAGAAAAUAAAAUCAAGUCAUGUCUCACCAGGCAAUGAGAUGGAAUUUGUUUACUAUAUCCCAAGUAUCAACAAAACCGACUUUACAGAAAAAGUCAAAGCUGUAAUUAACGACGGAAAUAAGACCCCGAUCUUAAUAUUUUAUUUCAAAACCUACCUUCCACAUUUCUUCUUUUAUAGACUUGUUGUCAGGUGUUUUUCAAAGUGGGAAGCAUUGAGUGAUAAUCUUUUUUGCAAAAAUACUGCAUUUUAUAUGGCAGAAGGUGGUGAUCAUAAUAUUGCUAUUGCUGUAAAUAAAUCAUCCUUACAACUGCAAGUUUUUUCACCAGAUACGAAAAUUCUGCUCUCUGUAGAUAAAACAAGAGAAAUCAGAAAACAUGUAGAGAACAUAAUUAUGGAACUUACACAAACGUUUCAUCAGCAAGUAGGGUACGAAACUGGAUACGCAUGCAAGGAUAUAGGUCUUACUGAUGAAGACGAAGAUUAUUUUUUGAAUGAGGAAACAGUUGCAAAACUAGAAACGAACGAAAGAGUUUGCCUUAAUUUCUAUAAGGAAAAUCACGAAAAGCACAAUAUAGAUCGUGACAAUCUGCUGCAGUACUGGCACAAGUCUUAACAGUCAAGCAAGGACUUGCAUUCUGUGAAACAGCCAUUGGAAUCCCAGGAAUGGACCCAUACUAUAGAAACUAGAAUAUUGCGGAUUCAAUUUUACCACUUCAAAAGAAAUAUAUGCACACGAUUUGGCUUAACUGAAAAGGCCAUUCUGUUGAUAUGAACUAAUCUUAAUUCAAUAGAAAACAAUGAUAUUCUUUUUUAUUGAACGAUUCUACAAUUACACUUAUAAUUGUCAUUUUGAUGGUAUAUACAUUUUACUUAUCGAAUCAUGUUUGACCAUGAUACGAAAGUCAAAUUCUGAUCUCAGUAUUGUUUUUAAAAA